GUGGAACAUCCAAUCAUGUGUCGACCGCAUUUCGGUCCACCUCUAUUUUUGGCGAUCAUCAUUUCAAUGAUGGUUCGAUUUCAUCAGUUCCAGAAAGAUGGGGAAUCAAAAGUGGUCCUUUAAAGCUUUUUUGUUCUUAUCGAGAUGGAGAGUAUUUUCAAGACAAAAUCAAGCUAGGAUGCAAUCUACGUUCACAUGCUAUUGCCGGCUUGCUGGUGCGAUCUCUUCCGUCGAAGGUAAAGACAGGAUAUGUGCGCUCGUAG